AUGGCGGCGCCCGAUCCAUCGACAGACCCGAACACAAACAUCCCAGAAUACGAAUACGCUGACGUUAACACCAAAAUAUUUCACAUAGGUUCUUUCAGAAACGAGUGGCUGAACAGACUGAAGCCGAGUAACUACUCCUAUCAGCAGGAAGACGAGGACACGUUUGACGCCAACUUCGCUGCGGAGAUGAGGAUCAGUGCGGAGACCCUGAGCGACCUCAAGUCCAUCUGCAGUCCCGAUUCACUUCGCUGCCAUGCUGAGGAUCAGCAGCCGGACACAGAAGUUGUUCCUCCGGACUCAACGCUGAGAACACUCGAACAAAGAAAAAAAAGACAAGAUUACAGAGCUUCUCUAAAAGUCAGCAAGAACAGACACGACCUCUACGCAGAUGAACUGGAGCGUUUAACUGUCGGUAGGAAACCAGAGGCCGUGGUUGACAUGGUGCCUGAAGGGGAAGUCAUUCUAACUAUCAACGUCUACUACUCGGUUACUUUUGAGAACUUUAGCACUGCCAGACCCCACAUAACUCUGCUGAUGACGGGCUCCCACAGCUUGGCAGAGCUCAGGGAUGCCAUCUGCUGUGUCAGCGACUUGCAAGUGUGCGGAGAGUUCAGCAACACGCCGGACAUGGCUCCAGAGUUCAUCAGCAAAGAUCUUUACAAGUCAGCUUUCUUCUUCUUCGAAGGAGUAUUCUAUACCGACAUGCGAUACCCCGAGUGUCAGGACAUCAGCAUGACUGUCAUUGAAUGGGCAAAGUCCCACAACUUCCCACCCUACAGCCAAGCCAGGAUGGAAGACACAAGAUUUGCCGGUUUGAAAGUCAAAGUGGGCUUCCCGUACCUCUACUGUCAUCAGGGAGACUGCGAACAUCUCGUCAUCAUCACAGACGUCAGACUGACCCAUGCCAACGACUGCCUGGACAAGAAGCUGUACCCACUUCUCACACACAAGCACAGGGUCACCACCCAGAAGUGUGCCGUGUGCCACGUCUACAUCGGAAGGUGGCUCACAACCAACGACCAGUUUGCUGCGAGUGACCCGUGUCUCUUCUGUGACAAGUGCUUCCGGAUGCUGCACUACGACGCUCAAGGCAACAAGAUAGGAGAUUUCAUGGCCUAUCCUUAUGUGGACCGUGGUGCAUUCAACUAAUUUAUUUUCUUUGGAUCAGAUCACUUAUUUAUGCUGCGUAAUAGACUGCAAUGUUUUAUAUCUCAAAGAGAAAUGUAUAUAUUGUUUCAAAAUAAACACGUUUUUGCACAAUAAUGCUUACAUUUUUACUGACUGUUUGAAAUCAACUAACAUUUAUUGGAAAGUGUUUAAUGUUCAUUUUUAAAUAUUCAUUAAACGCACAAAUCUUGGAAAAAAUAUUCUUAGUUAUAUUUAGUUUAACCGUCAAAUAUUCAGCUUGUAUGCUUCAUCAAGACUGUUUUGGUAUGGUUUGAUAGUGACUUGGCACCAACAGUCAGAUUUUGAUGCACAUUUAUGACUGGUUACCACUCACUUCAAACCUGUGAGAAUAGCACAAACAUACAGAAGACUUGUGAACCGAUCAUCCCAAGAAGCUCAUUGAGGAAAUCCAUUUCUAGUAACCUAAAGGAACAAAUACAACUUGAUAGCAAUAGCAACAUAACAGCAAUAACCCCGGUAGUUAAAAAUCUAAUUUCAUCAAUAGAGAAAGAUCUUUGAGUUGUUCUGUACAACCACAACAGCAAUGUUUAAGAUUGCCACAUGAUCUUCAUGCAAUCAUUGAGAAUAUAAGAUUAAAAAGACAAGGAUUAUUUUCUGCACUACUUUUUUAUUGGAUGCUGGAACAGACGGGCACAAAAAUACUCUUAUUUACAUCUACGUUAAAAAUGAAACUUUUAAAACAAGACACUUGAACAUGUUUGAGAAAACUUUGGCAAACUAGAAAUCUUUAAAAAUGUUAAUGUAGCCAAUAUUAUUGAACACGGGAAUGGCACUUCUAACUAAAACUAAGCAUCUGUACUUCAAUACACUAAGUGAAGUUAAGAUCGAACUGUAGAUUCUCUUAAUGUCAAACUAUUUAAAUGCAUAUGCAAUGAUCGAGGACAUGAAAAGCCAUCUACUCCACCAGUGAGAAAUAGGACCAGUUGGUACUAAUCAUGUCUCUAAGGUCAAAGUGCUGCAGAUUUAUUUCUAACUCUCUACACAGUCAUUACUCAAAUUCAACAGGUGUGACAGAUUGUGUAAUAUUUACCUUUUUAAAGACACAAAGUAAAAAUAAAAAAGGCAGUCGGUCUAUCUGGGGAGUGGAAACCAGUGAUCACUAUCAGUCAUCAAAAGGAGCUGAACCGUUGGUCAGCCCGGUUUGAACAAAGCAGCAAAUGUCUUCUUUCCUCCGGGCACGUAGGACACUCAAGCGGACUCUUCCUGAGCUUUUGGGGCACUACAGUCAGAAAAUGAAGAAAUGGGUUAAGGCAGUAUCAGCAGUGUGGUGUAGCAGCUUCUUUUACUAAGCUGCUGCCGUUGUCCGAAAAAUAUAAAAAAAACAUUGAUGAGCCACACUUUCAGUUCAAUGAACAUGGUUGCUGUAGUUCACCUUGAGUCAAUCCCACAUGGCCACAUACAUUGUGUCCCGACACUUAACUACUCGCUAGAGCACCAAAUGUGUAUUAAUCCACACCUUAAAAUAGUCCCUAACAAAAGCACGGUUUACUGCAGUUUGAGUAACAUUUGCUGGAAACUACAAUACCCAGCGCUUUUAGAAAAUGACUGACCCUUUCAAAAUAUGUAACUUAAAAUCUUUAAAAUAAGAUUCAUGGUGGGCUUGUGGCAACUGAGUGACAGACUAAUAUGG